CCAUGGAUGCUGAUCCGUUGCGGGAUAAGCCAGGAAACGCAUCAGCUCGUGCCACGUCAGCGAAGGUGAAUCAGUUUUCCAUCUGGGCCAUGCCUGAAGAAGGCUCGGCAUUCCACACCUCAGCUUCGGCAGCCAUCUCGAACCUCUCAAGCAGGUUCAAGUGCACGCCAUUUGAGCCGCAUGUGACGGUGAUAGGAGCGUUUGGGGCGAGGGAGGGGUUGGACGAGCAGGAGGUGGUGAAGCGCAUGGAGCGAUUGAGUGCGUCCUUAAAGCCGUACGACAUCCAAGUCAUGGAGCUGGCUGCUGGUCGGCUCUUCUUCCAAUGCGUGUACAUCAAGAUGCUGCCUUCAAAAGAGGUGCUCCAUGUGCACAACGAGGCAGUGGAAGUGAUGGGCAUGGACAGGAAUUCCGUUGCUGCAUACAUGCCUCAUCUCAGCCUCAUUUAUGGUGAUCUCUCAGACGCCCAGAAGCAGGACGCCAAAGCAGCGGUUGAAGAGACAUUUUCAUCCCUGCUCCCUCCCAAGUCCGCAUCGCUACCAUCUCCUUCCUUCCAUGUUUCAUCGCUCGCACUCUACCGCACUGAACCCACUGACCUCACUAUGAGUACUUGGGAAAGAAUAGCGAGCACCAUGAGCGUGGUCGGCUUCGAUGUGGGGAACGAGAGGGGCGUGGUAGGCAUUGCGCGACAACGCGGAAUCGACAUCGCGCUUAACGAGGAGUCCAACCGCGAGACCCCCAAUGUCGUCUGCUUCGGCGAAUCGCAGCGAUAUCUGGGCGUCGCAGGAGCGGCGUCGUACACGAUGAACCCUAAGAACACGGUGUCGCAGAUCAAGCGCAUGAUCGGGCGGAAAUUCGCAGAUCCCGAGUUCCAGAAGGACCUCCCGAUGUUCCCGUUCCGCUGCUCCGAAGGCCCCGACGGCGAUAUUCUCGUGCACGUCAUGUACAUGAACGAGCCCAGGACGUUCACGCCCACCCAACUUCUCGCGAUGGUUCUGAAUGGAUUAAAAGCGAUCGGCGAGAAGGACCUGGGGUCGAAGAUCACGGAUUGCGUGAUCGGCAUCCCCGUAUACCUCACCGACGCGCAGCGCCGCGCGUAUCUCGAUGCUGCCACCAUCGCGGGGCUGCACCCGCUUCGGCUAAUGCACGAGCCGACGGCCACCGCGCUGGCGUACGGAAUCUACAAGACGGAUCUGUCGGAAACCGAGCCGCUCAAUAUCGCAUUCGUGGACAUUGGGCACUCGACGAUGCAGGUGUCGAUUGUGGCGUUCAAGAAGGGCCAGCUGAAGGUGCUGGCGCACGCGUUCGACCGGUCGCUGGGCGGGCGCGACUUCGACGAGGUGCUGUUCAACCACUUCGUGGACGAGUGCGCGCGCAACCACAAGCUUGACAUCCGCUCCAACGCGCGCGCGUGCCUCCGCCUGCGCACCGCGUGCGAGAAGCUCAAGAAAGUCCUCAGCGCCAACCCCGAGUCGCCGCUGCACGUGGAGUGUCUGAUGGAGGAGAAGGACGUGACGGGGUUCCUGAAGCGCGACCAGUUCGAGCAGCUGGCGAAGCCCAUGCUGGAGCGCGUCAAGGCGCCGUGCACGCGCGCGCUGCUCGAGUCGGGCAUCACCGUCGAUCAGAUCGCAGCCGUCGAGCUGGUGGGGUCGGGGUCGCGCGUGCCGGCCAUCAUGAAGAUUCUCGCGGAUUUCUUCGGCAAGGAGCCGCGCCGCACCAUGAACGCCAGCGAGUGCGUGGCGCGCGGGUGCGCGCUGCAGUGCGCCAUGCUCAGCCCCGCCUUCAAAGUCCGCGAGUUCGAGGUGCACGACACGUACCCGUUCGCCAUCGCGCUAUCAUGGAAGCAAGCGAGCGCGGCGGGGGCGGCGUCCGCGGAGGGCGCGGAGGGCGGCGGAGAGGAGGCGGCGGCGCAGCCGAACCAGGUGGUGUUCUCAAAGAACAACCCGCUGCCGAGCUCGAAGCUGCUGACGUUCUACCGCACGGAGGCGUUCACCAUCGACGCCUUCUAUGCCAACCCCGAGGACCAGACCGUUGGCGCCAACACGCGCAUCGGCACCUUCACCGUGGGUCCGUUCGCGCCGUCGCGGCCGGAUUCGAAGCCGAAGCUGAAGGUGAAGAUCAGACUCAACCUGCACGGCAUCCUGUCCGUCGAAUCCGCCACGCUGCUGGAGGAGGAGGAGGUGGAGGUGCCGGCCAAGAAGGACGCCAAGGACGCCGCUGCUGCCCCCGCAGCCACAGAUGCAGCUGGGGCUCCCAUGGAGGCCGAUGCUGCUGCUGCAGCUGGUGGCGCGGAGGGCGAUGCCAAGAUGGAUGAUGCCGCUCAACCAGCCAAGCCGGAGAUGGUGAAGAAGAAGAAGACGAAGAAGACGGACGUGCCGAUCGAGGCGCACCUGGUGGGGGGGCUGCCUCCUGCGGCGCUGCAGCAGCUCGUGGAGGAGGAGUUUGCGAUGGCACUGCAGGACCGCGUUAUGGAGGAGACGAAGGAGAAGAAGAACGCCGUAGAGAGCUAUGUCUACGACAUGCGCAACAAGCUGCACGACAAGCUAGCAGCAUACGCGUCUGACGCAGAGAAGGAGAAGCUGCUGGCGCGGCUGCAGGAGACGGAGGACUGGCUGUAUGAGGACGGCGAGAGCGAGAGCAAGGGCGUGUACACCACGCGCCUGGAGGAGCUCAAGCGCCUCGGCGACCCCAUUGAGGCGCGCCUCCGGGAGGAAGAGACGCGCCCCGCCGCCCUGCAGUCACUGCAGUACUGCAUCGGAAGCUUCCGGGAGGCUGCGCUGUCCACGGAUGCGAUGUACGCGCACAUCGACCCGAAGGAGAAGGCUCAGGUGGUGGAGGAGUGCAACAAGGCGGAGAUGUGGCUGAGGGACAUGCUCUUCCAGCAGCAGAAGCUGAGCAAGAAGGACACCCCCGUGCUGCUCGCUGCCGACCUACGGAAGAAGGCAGAGACCCUCGACAGGUUCUGCAAGCCUAUUAUGACCAAACCCAAACCAGCUCCCAAGCCUGCUUCCGAGCCCAAGCCCGAGCCUGCUCCCGAGGCUCCUAAGGCAGGUGGUGAGCCGAUGGAGACGGAGGGGGCUGCAGGAGAGGGUGCCGCAGCGGCAGGUGGCGAGGCGGCAGCUGGAGAUGCUAAACCUGCUGAGGGCGAGGCCAUGCAAACAGAGUAG